AUGGUUUCCUCUAGGUUAGUUUUCUUCCUCUCUGCCAUUUUCAUAUUCACUGCUCAAGCAGUCGCGCAGCCUGCCAUUUUCAUAUUCACUACUCAGUCAGUCGCGCAGCCAGCCUUACUUUAUCAGUUAUGUUCAAACGACAAGGGAAACUACACUGCUGACAGUACCUAUGAGGCAAACCUCAAUCGCCUCCUCUCCUCUCUCUACACCAACACAGAAAUUGACUACGGGUUCUACAAUUCCUCUUAUGGCCAAAACUCUGACCAAGCAUAUGCAAUUGGACUUUGUAGAGGAGAUAUUAACCCAGAUGUUUGCCGUGGUUGCCUCAAUAACGCUACGUCUCUUCUCAGGCAGCGCUGUCCCAAUCAGAAGGAGGCAAUUGUAUGGUACGACUACUGUAUGUUACGCUACUCAAACCGCUCCAUUUUGGGCGUCGAGGAAACUAGUCCAAGUUUAUAUAUGUGGAACGUGAACAACGUAUCGGCCAAUUACGUGAAUCAAUUUAACGAUGAUCUUAGCAGCUUGUUGGAAAGCCUAAGAAGUCAAGCUGUAGCAGGUGAUUCUCUUCGUAAGUUUGCAACAGGAGAUGGAACCGCACCAGAAUCUAUAACAUUAUACGGACUUGUGCAGUGCACACCUGAUUUGUGUUAA